CUGUACUACGCCUUGACCUACAACUCGGAGAGGACGGCCGCCUUCACCUACACCAUGCUAGUUCUCCUGUGGGGCUUGUCACUGUGCCUGGGCCUGCUGCCCGUCACGGGUGUCAACUGCCUGGGCGAAGAGUCCACCUGCAGCGUGGUGCGGCCACUGACCAAGAACAACGUGGCGGUGCUCUCUGUCUCUUUCCUCCUGCUGUUCGGACUCAUGUUGCAGCUGUACGUGCAGAUAUGCAAGAUAGUCAUGCGUCAUGCCCACCAGAUCGCCCUACAGCAUCACUUCCUGGCCGCUACACCUCACUAUGUCACCACGCGGAAAGGUGUGUCCACGCUCGCUAUUAUACUGGGCACUUUCGCUGCGUGCUGGAUGCCGUUCACCGUCUACUCGCUGAUCGCUGACUAUACCUACCCGCCGCUUUAUACCUAUGCCACCCUGGUGCCCGCCACCUACAACUCCGUCAUCAACCCUGUCAUCUAUGCCUUCCGCAACCAGGAGAUCCAGAAGGCGCUGUGGCUGAUCUGCUGCGGAUGCAUCCCUGCCAGUGUGGCACAGAGGGCCCGCACCCCCAGCGACGUCUGACGAGGGGCACCUCUCUGGGUCGUGUUUCUUCUGUGGCUGAUGGGUGACAGAGCAGCCCAGAGAGCUGAGCACCGGGCUUCUAAUCAGCAUCUGUCUCCCAAGGAGGUGAAGAUGACGCAGGUCUGGCCGCCCCCCUCCCACCUCACCCGUCUAGUACACAGGGUGUUGUCUGUGUGCGUGGCCCUGUAAUCGUCUUCCCCUUUGGUGUAAAAUCUGAGCACUGCCACGGGAUCCCUCUCUGCCAACCAUAUUUAACCUCUCCUGAAAACAAGGUGCCACACCCUGUCUGGAAAAAAGGGCAGUUUUCUUGUGGCAGGCAGCUGUAUAUAAUGUGAUGUAGAUAUUAACUCAUCCUCACUGGCUUGUGUUAAUGUAUGCUCGUCUCUUAGGCUGGGAUUUAAAAAAAAGUCUGACUGCCGAGAGAGCGCGUAUCGUAGAAGACAGGGGCCGACCA